UUUCCGGUUAUUCGAACUUUAGACUGCAUUGGAGAGUUCACGUGUACACGUGCUGUAUUCUUUCUCCAUCUAAAUAAGUAAAAUAAUUUUAUUAAACAAGAACCAUGGCUACAAUAGACGAUUUCUUCAAUAAAUUGAAGAGAAAACAUCCCACUCUAAAAGACGAUUUACGUGGGAUAUUGAAAAGCACACAAAGUGACUCACCUCAACGUUCUAUUACUUUAUCACAAAUACGUGCUGCUUAUAGUCAACGACUUGGUCAGGAAUUUCCCGUCAAGGGUGGAACGCGGACUCAAAUGACUUUCAUGCUGACAAUCCCAUAUGUCUGUUGUUUUAGUACACAAAUUGGCACAUUGCGAUUUUUUAGCAUUGAGACCAACCAGGAAUAAUAUGAUACUCAACUGUACAACAAAACUAGUCUUAAUCGUGCAAUUCAAAUAGAAUUAAGAGUCAUUUUAAUGCGACACUUUGUAAUGAAAAUAAAUUUAUAUAAUUAAUA